AUGACAUCCUUUAAACUCACUGCCACUUUUGGCACCCUCGCCCUCCUGUCCAGGGUCUCAGCCCAUGGUAUCGUGUCGGGUAUCGUGGCCAACGGCGCCUGGCAAUCAGGAUACGACCCCUCCUUCCAAUACUCGAACCCUCCUCCAGUUGUGGCCGGGUGGAGCAUUCCCCAAGUCUCCGACCGCGGCUUCGUCAGCGACUACACUUCCCCUGAUAUCAUCUGCCACAAGGGAGCUACUCCAGGCGGCUCGUACGUGAGCGUCGCCGCGGGAGACUCUAUUGAGCUUCAAUGGACAGAGUGGCCGGAGUCACACCACGGUCCGGUGAUUGAUUACCUUGCAGCCUGUGGCGACGAUUGUACCACCGUCGACAAGACCCAGCUGCUCUUCAACAAGAUCGACGAGGCUGGUCUGAAUAAUGGUGAUCCCGCGCCCGGGAAUUGGGCGUCCGAUGAUCUGAUCGCGAACAACAACUCCUGGACCGUAACCAUCCCCUCCAGCAUCGCUCCUGGGAAAUACGUCCUUCGUCACGAGAUCAUUGCCCUCCAUUCUGCAUUCGACGCUGGUGGUGCCCAGAACUACCCGCAAUGUAUCAACCUGGAAGUCUCUGGUUCUGGUACCGACAACCUGGGCAGCGGCACCAAGGGCACUGAGCUCUAUACUGCCCAGGACCCUGGUAUCUUGAUUAACAUCUACUACCCUACCGUCACCGACUACAUUAUCCCAGGGCCAGCCCUUCUUGAUGGAUCAUCCUCCGGUUCUCAACCAUCUGUUUCGGCUUCCGCUAGCACAGCCAGCGCAAGUGCCACCAGCGUGGCACCAUCCGCAGCGACUUCUUCUAUCAGCACAACAUCCUCGUCCGUCAGCGUCGAGAUCACCGCCUCGCCAGCCAAGCCUUCCGCGGUCAUCUCCCCGACCGACGACUUGCCAUCAUCCGGGCCAACGACAAUUGCUGACUCUGACUCCGUGUCUGACGCCACCACCACUGUGGAAUCAAGCUCCACAAUCACCAUCACCACCACCGUGACGCCCACAGCAUCACAACCGGAGGAGACUGAAUGUUCGUCUGAACCCGACCCCUUCCCAGCCCCACCAACUGACACGCCCAUAGCACCCACUGAUACUUCGGCCAAGCCGCCUGGAUUUCCACCCCGGCCCAGCGAUACCGAUGGGGCCACCGACGUGCAGCCGACUCCACUUCCUGCGCCAGUGCCAGUGCCAGCGCCAGAAUCGAGCACUACAGCACCUGUCUCCUUCACCAGCACGGUCACAGGCCGGAUUGGCAAGCCGACCAGAUUCGUGUGCUAUAUCGAUGACGACGAGUUCACCCUGAGUCCUGCCUAA